AUGUCUUUUCUAAUGAAGCUCCAAGAAGAAGGACGACGGGCCAAGAGCACGUUGAAAAAGACCAAUACUGUGGUGACUGACACCUCUGGCAGAAAGCUUGAUUCAGAGACUGGAUCCUACGAAGUCGUGCUAGGUUUCGUCGAAGAUACUUGUCCAGAUCCAGGGGUCUACGAGUGUGCAAACAACGUGUACAUUGGAUCUCAAGAUGCAGCUCUCAAUUGGGACGGCAUGGAAGUACCAAGGAAGAAAUCAAACGUUGACAAGAACUAUUUCCCAGGAAUGAAAGAAAUCGGCAUUACUCACGUAUUGAAUCUAUUCAGUGCGGAGCGGCCGUUUGAAAACCAAGAUGUUGUAUACAUGAAUCACACCUUGAUGGAUAUUCCCGAGCAGAAGCUGUUGGAUACUCUAGAUGUUCCACUCCAAUUUAUCGAGAAAAUUCUCGCCGAAGAUGGGAAGGUGCUUGUGCAUUGCAAUGCUGGAGUGUCUCGAUCCGCUGCCAUCAUCAUUGCGCACCUAAUCAAGCACCAGAGAAUGAGUUAUGAUUCUGCCUUGGAAAGGAUCCGUCACCAUAGACCUUCUGCAAAGCCGAAUGCUGGUUUCGAGCAGCAACUACGGCAAUUCGAGACAGACAUCCUCAAUCCGUAA